UGGAGACGCUAACCCGUCGGCAUAAACGCGUUGCGUUGUUUGACGUUUGCUGCUUGGGUCGGAACCGAAGCCAGGAAAGUGCGCGCUCUUUGUAUGCGAUCUCCACGGUGUACGGACGUGUGUGUGAACCAGAAUAAUUUGUAACCCUUUAGAACUAUCUGAAUUACCGAAAUACAAGAACUUUUACUUCGUAAAUACAACAACUGGCGACGAGAAUACCACGAUGUCGAAACCACCUGCAAAAGAAAGCUCAGAACAAUGGAUAAUUGAAAUGUUCAACCAGCAAAAGCAAAUGCUUGAUCAGCAGCAGCAGCUCUUGAACAGUGUAUUGUCGGCGAUGAAAACAAAAAAUGAUGAUGGAUCGGAGAAAGCGAUCGAUGCCAUUGCGGGGCAAAUAAAAGAAUUUCACCACACGGAGGAUACAAACUUCGAGGCUUGGUAUAGCAGAUACGAAGGUUUGUUUCUUGACGAUGCGAAGCGGUUGGAUGACGGAGCAAAAUUGCGUCUUCUUCUUCGUAAGAUUGGCGUUACGGAGCACGAACGCUAUAUAAGUUCCAUCAUGCCGAAACAACCGAAAGACUUCGAUUUCAAAAACACCGUGGAGAAACUGAAGAAACUGUUUGGAGACCGUGAGUCCAUCGUGUGCAAACGGUUUAAAUGCUUGCAGCUAGUGAAAGAGCCUCACGAAGAGUACGGAGCGUAUGCGUGCCGCGUAAAUAAAAAGGUUGUUGAGGCGAAGUUGGCGGGGAUAGCAGAGGAGGAAAUAAAAUGUCUGUUGUUUGUCUGUGGUCUAAAACGGGAUGCGGAUGCUGAUGUACGAGUUCGGCUGCUCUCAAAGAUGGAAGACAACAGUGAAAUCACGUUAGAUCAGCUAACCGGUGAAGCUCAACGCCUGCUUAACCUGCGCCAAGAUAGCAACCUUAUCUCAAACACUGCGCAUGAGGUAAACGCAGUGAGAAAGAAUGAGACGAAACAACAAAACAUCAAAGGAGGUGGCAAGGAAGCGAAAGCAGUAAGUUGCUGGUUGUGCGGAGGGCAACACUUUGCACGAGAAUGUUCUUUUACGUCACACAAAUGCGAGGACUGCAACGAGAUAGGUCACAAGGAAGGAUUUUGUGAAACGGCGUACCGUAAUCGUUCUCGCUAUCGCAAUAACAAAGCGAAGGUAAGGGUGGUGACAGUGAACAAAAUCCAGGCUGGCCGAAAGUAUGUCACUGCUGCGCUAAACGGACGCGAGCUGAAACUGCAGUUGGAUACCGGUGCAGAUAUCACCAUUAUAUCGCAGGGAAAAUGGCGUCAGAUAGGAGGUCCCAAAUUGAGUCCAGCAUCCGUUUCAGCGAGAACAGCUAGUGGAACACAGCUUAAGCUACUAGGUGAGUUUUGUUGCAAAAUGACGAUUAACAAACAACAAAAAGAAGCGUUAGUUCGUGUUGUAGAAGAGGAACUGUUACUUUUCGGAGCAGACAGUAUGGAUGUUUUCGGGCUUUGGAAACAGCCACUUGAUGCCUUUUGCAACAUCGUUGGGUGUGUUAAAGAUGCCGCAGCAGCUGUGAUUCAGCAAUUUCCAUCGUUGUUCUCGAACGAACUUCGUUGUGAUAAGAUGAAAAUUAGUCUACAGUUGAAGGAUGACGUGAAUCCUGUAUUUCGCCCGAAACGUCCAGUAGCGUAUGCUAUGCAGUCGAUGGUUGAAGAUGAAUUGACCAGGUUAGAGGGUAAUGGCAUAAUAACACCCACUGAUUCUUCGGAGUGGGCAGCUCCGAUUGUGGUAGUACGGAAGGCGAACGGAACAGUCCGAAUAUGUGGCGACUAUUCGACAGGUCUGAAUGACGCGCUUCAGCCGCAUCAGUACCCGUUGCCUAUACCACAAGACAUAUUUACAGCCAUUGGAAAAUCAGCUGUUUUUAGUCAGAUUGACUUAGCAGAAGCUUUUCUCCAAGUGGAGGUAUGUGAAAGGAGCCGUGAGUUGUUGACGAUAAACACUCACAAGGGGCUUUACCGUUUCAAUAGAUUGCCACCGGGAGUAAAGACAGCACCUGGUGCAUUUCAGCAAAUCGUUGACUCAAUGUUGAGCGGAUUAGAAGGUGUCGCGGGUUAUAUGGAUGACAUCAUUGUAGGCGGUGCUGAUGAGGAAAGUCAUUUGAAAAACUUACGCGCAGUUUUGAUUCGUAUCGAGGAGUUUGGUUUCAAGCUACGGGCAGAAAAAUGUUCCUUUUUGAAGCCCCAAAUCCGAUACCUUGGACAUUUGCUAGACCGGCAGGGUAUACGACCAGACCCAGCAAAGAUUGAAGCGAUUUUGAAGAUGCCAGCGCCAACGCAGCUCAGCGAAGUUCGUUCGUAUUUGGGAGCGAUAAAUUACUACGGUAAAUUUGUGUUUCAAAUGAGAGAUUUGCGUUACCCCUUAGACCUUCUUUUGAAAAAGGGCGGAGAAUUCCAGUGGACAGCUGAAUGCGAAAAAAGUUUUCGCCGCUUUAAGGAGAUUUUAAGUUCAGACCUUCUCCUGACCCAUUAUGAUCCUUCCAAGGAAAUUAUUGUGUCAGCGGAUGCUUCAUCAGUAGGUCUUGGAGCUACGAUCAGUCAUCGGUUUCCAGAUGGUAGCAUAAAGGUUGUUCAGCAUGCUGCUCGUGCUCUAACGAAGGUGGAAAUGAACUACAGCCAGCCGGAUCGCGAGGGUCUUGCAAUCGUGUUUGCAGUAACAAAGUUCCACCGCAUGUUGUUCGGACGCCGCUUCAUCCUCCAAACCGACCACCAGCCGCUCCUUAGAAUCUUUGGCUCACGUAAAGGAAUUCCCUUGUGUACUGCAAAUAGACUGCAGCGCUGGGCAUUAGCACUACUUCUUUACGAUUUCGCAAUCGAAUAUGUUGCGACAGACAAUUUCGGAAAUGCCGACAUACUGUCCAGGUUAAUGGACCGACACGAGAAACCGGAGGAGGACUACGUCAUUGCUAGUAUCCAGCUAGAGGAUGAUAUUAAUCAUCUAGUAACCAGUGCUACUCAAGCCCUACCGUUGAACUUUAAAGAUUUGGAGCGUGGUACACAAGCAGAUCCUUUGUUAAGGAAGGUGUUCCAGUUCGUCCAAAAUGGUUGGCCAAAGGGUGAAGAGAAGACUGAAGACCUAAAGCAAUUCUUCGCACGACGAGAGGCCUUAUCUACGGUUGGAAAAUGCCUCUUAUUCGGAGAACGGGUAGUAGUUCCCGCGAAUCUUCGGAAUCGAGUGUUAAAACUGCUACACAAAGGUCAUCCUGGAGUAUGCCGCAUGAAGGCGCUUGCAAGAGGGUAUGUGUAUUGGCCGAAAUUGGACAGCGAAAUCGAGAAUGCAGUGAAGACGUGUCAGUCGUGUGCAAGUGCGGCGAAAUCUCCAGAGCAUUGCACACCAGUAGAUUGGCCAAAAACUACAGGCCCCUGGCAGCGUAUUCACGUUGACUACGCUGGACCUAUGGAGGGAGAGUAUUAUUUUCUGGUUGUAGAUUCCUACUCGAAAUGGCCGGAAAUAAUACCAACGCGUCAAACCACAGCACAAGCGACAGUUCAAAUGUUACGGGGAUUGUGUGCACGGUUUGGUAUACCAGAAACUGUCGUAAGCGAUAAUGGAACACAGUUUACAAGUUCGGAGUUCCGUGACUUUUGUAUGGAGAAUGGUAUUCAUCACGUGCGGACUGCGCCAUACCACCCGCAGUCAAACGGCCAAGCCGAAAGGUUUGUUGACACGUUUAAGAGAGCGGUCAAGAAGAUUCGGGAGGGUAGAGGUGAGAUGCACGAGGCUUUGGAUGAAUUUCUUUUCACCUACAGGAACACGCCGAAUAGAAUCUUGGAUCAAAAAUCGCCGGGGGAGAUGAUGUUAAAUCGCAAGGUUCGAACGUCUCUGGAGAUGUUGCGUCCAUCAUUUCGCGAUAUUCGACCAGCGGAUCCAGUGGUGGCCGACGAAGCUACUAGGAGGAGUUUCUCCAUAAACGACCGUGUCUACGCAAAGCGAUACCAUCGAAACGGCUGGGAAUGGGUAUCUGGAGUAGUCGACAAGCGCGUGGGUAACGUAAUGUACAUGGUCAAAAUCGAUGGCAAGACCUUGCGCUAUCAUGUGAACCAGCUUCGGAUGCGUAAUGCAGAGACCAACGAAGGGCGAACUCAGCAACCAAUGCCACUGAAUGUGUUAUUAGAUGCCUGGGAUAUGUCUGGAACAACGGUGUCAGCAUCCUCAUCUGAAACAUCGGCAGCGACUACAACAAAUCUUGCGGAACGUGAGAUGACACCUGCGGAUGGUACAGAAGCAAGCCUACGCCGCUCGACGAGAGUGAGGAAGCAGCCUGCGUGGUUGGAGGGGUAUCAUCGCAGUUAAAGCGGGGGAAUGUUGGAGACGCUAACCCGUCGGCAUAAACGCGUUGCGUUGUUUGACGUUUGCUGCUUGGGUCGGAACCGAAGCCAGGAAAGUGCGCGCUCUUUGUAUGCGAUCUCCACGGUGUACGGACGUGUGUGUGAACCAGAAUAAUUUGUAACCCUUUAGAACUAUCUGAAUUACCGAAAUACAAGAACUUUUACUUCGUAAAU